AUGGACUUACGUCACAACGUGAUCAAAGUUACUCCCACGUUUCAUUCCGUAAAGUCUGUCCCUUGGUCGGCCAACUUUAUCACCCGAACUCCAUCAUUUGGCAUUGUCUACUGCCCAACUCUCUGCCGGACUGGAGCAUGCCCACACACCAAAGUUCGUCUUUUCGGCAAACUAGGUAUCCAAGUUGACGGAAAAGUGAAGUGUGGCGCCCAGAUGGCGUGCGGCCGCUGCGUGCGUGCCGGCGUCGUGUGCAUUUUGGGCUACACGGAGCCGCGGGGCGCGACUACUUUUGGAUCCAGUAUCAUCGACGGGCGCCCUCGGAGACAUGCGCGUUCGCAAUCUUUUAGAAGCCCAGAGGACACAGCAGUAACGCCUGACCUUGAACGAGAGUGGACGAGCACGCCCUCCUGGCACAUGGAGGACGAGCGGGGCCAGAUGUCCCCAUUGGAGUCGUCUCCUAACGCCGAGACGUCGGUCGCCCGUAGUAAUGAAGACGACGGACUCUCGCUCUCUGUCUUCUACAACCACUCGCUCUCCUACCAUCUCGACACCCAUGACAGUAACACCUUCGACGGGCUCUUCCCAGCGGAAAGCUCGCCUUUGUUUCUACACCAAAGUCACUCCCCCGUCGGAGCGCCAGAAGAGAGGUGCAGGUCGCAAAACAGCCACGUCUCAGACGUCUCGGAACGGCGGCAGCGAGACGAGUUGGAUGUACGCCUGCUGCGCCUGAACCUCAGAUUGUGCGAGCAACUGAGCAGACAGCAGCCAGACAGGACCUUGGAGACACAGCCCGGAACGCGAACAAACGGCUGGGGUCCGGCAGCGUCCAGAGCCUUUGGAGAUGCCCUCGCCAUCGCCGAGGAAUACAUAUCCACACUGCGGGACCUGGGUGGCCUCGGGCUUUCAUCCCCAUCAUCCCCGUGCUCGUUCGGCAGUGGGUCAAAGGCGACACACUGCGUUGGUGCGCGGAUUCCGGACGACUCACCGUGCAUUCUCAACAUUGAAUCGUGUUACAUCCGCCUCGUUGAAUUGUUCAAUGUAUGCCUGGUUAACCUGCGAGACAUGGCAAGUAGAGAAACUUGCAACCCAGGGACGCCGCGACCGGAUCGCGUUCCUCUCAUUUCGCUGUCCAACAGCAGUUUCGCCGUCUUGCCAGAGGUGCGCUUGGACGGGUUUGUCAUCCGGCAGGCUGGCCUCCGGACCAAGAUCCUGUGCCAAGCAAUACGGCAUCAGUUUGAGUCUAUUGAGAUACUCCUUGGUCUGCCGAUCGAGCUACGCGUGUCGGGACGUGAUGGCAUGGGCUCGUGUGGCUGUCUAACCGACGGCUGGGCUACGACUUAUUCUGUGGCUGGGGUUGGAGGUGAUGGGAGGCUUUGGAAAUACCGCGAAGCCGUUUGUUUGCUACGUGAACAUAUUGAUCUUGCGGAAAAGGGCUACUCGGCAUCAGCGAGCGGUAUUUGA